GGUGAGGGAAUGGAGCACUGGGAAAUCCGGAAAGGGCAAAGAUCCCUGGAUGGUGAAGGGGACGAACGUCGUUUGCUGAAGAUCUAACACCAUAGCCUGUUUGGCGAGCGAGAAAAGAUUUGGUCUUCUGGCGGAGUGAAUCUAUGGCUCCGAAGUCGAAGGAUAAGUCGAAACCUGCUUCACCGGCGUCACAGCCUCCCCCUCCGAUCGAAGAUCUAUUCACCACGCUUAACAGGCACAUACACAGUUCCGCCUACAAGAAUGCUGUUAAAGUUGCAGAUCAAAUUCUCUCGAUUGCACCUGGCGACGAGGAUGCUCUUCGAUGCAAAGUUGUGGCACUGAUCAAAACUGAUAAACCUGAUGGCUUUCAAGAGGCACUCUCCACGAUUCAAUCUUCUCGGAGGUCGCCGGCUGAUUUCAAUUUCCUUAAAGCAUACUGCUUAUACAGACAAAACAAGUUAAAUGAAGCCUUGGAGUCUCUGAAAAGACAAGAGAAAAGUGAUGAAACCAUGCUCCUAGAAUCCCAGAUUUUGUAUCGUCUAGGGAAAAUGGAUGCUUGUGUGGAUAAUUACCAGAAGCUUUAUAAAUCCAAGAUUGACAACUUGGAUAAUUCUGUUGCUGGCCUAGUCAUGGCUGGAAGGGCAUCUGAAGUUCAAGGAGCUUUGGAUUUGCUUCGGGUUAAGCCAACUAGUAGCUUUGAGCUGGCAUACAACACUUCUUGUUCUUUAAUUGAAAUGAAUAAGCACACUGAUGCAGAGCAACUCUUGCUGUCAGCUCGAAGAAUUGGUCAAGAGACACUUAUGGAAGAUAACGCAACUGACGACGCAAUAGAAAUUGAGUUGUCUCCUAUAGCUGUGCAAUUGGCCUAUGUCCAGCAGCUUCUUGGGCGUAAGCAAGAUGCUGUGGAAGGUUACACAGACAUAAUUAAACGAGAUCUGGCCGAUGAAUCAUCAAUUGCUGUGGCAGUGAACAACCUUUCAUUGAAAGGUCCAAAAGAUGUUUCUGACAGCCUAAAGAAACUUGAUCGGCUUAAAGAGAAAGAGACACCGAGCUUUCAGAUUGCUCAUGGACUGGACGAAAUUUCAGCCAAACAAAGGGAAGCCAUAUACACAAAUCGUGUCCUGCUUUUUCUUCAUGCCAAAAGUUGGACCAGGUUAGCCCGAGAACUCGUCUCUGGACUACCAGACAUGUUUCCUGACAGUGUAGUGCCCAUAUUACUCCAAGCUGCAUUGCUGGUAAGAGAAAACAGAGCGGGAAGGGCUGAGGAAAUACUAGCGCUUGCUGAUAAGUUCCCUGAGAAGUCCAAAGGCUUACUUAGCAAGGCUCAGGUGGCUGCAGCUGCUGGCCACCCUCAUAUCGCAGCUUCUCUGGCUAGGAUAUCGGAUAUCCAGCACAAGCCUGCCACUGUUGCCACCCUUGUCUCUCUAAAAGAGCGUGCUGGUGACAUUGAUGGUGCAGCUGCAGUGCUUGACUCUGCGAUCAAAUGGUGGUCUAAUGCCAUGACAGAGGACAAUAAGCUUGACAUUAUUAUGCAAGAGGCUGCUUCAUUCAAGAUUAGACAUGGUAAGGAGGAGGAAGCCGCUGGCCUGUAUGAAGAGCUUGUGAAAAGCCAAGGAAGCAUAGAAGCACUAGUUGGGCUGGUAACAACAGUUGCCCGCAUGGAUGUUAACAAGGCAGAACUUUAUGAAAAGCAAUUAAAGCCAUUGCCUGGUUUGAAGGGUAUUAAUGUAGAUACCUUGGAGAAGACUUCUGGAGCAAAACAUGUCGAGGGUUCUAUUAACGUCAGUGCGGUUGAAACUCGCGAGGAAGGAAAGAACAAGACAAAAGCUAAGAAAAGAGAAAGAAAAGCCAAGGUACCCUAAGGGUUUGACCCUGCAAACCCAGGUCCUCCUCCAGAUCCAGAAAGGUGGCUUCCCAAGCGAGAGAGAUCAAGCUAUAGGCCCAAGAGAAAGGACAAGAGAGCUGCUCAAGUGAGAGGCUCUCAGGGCUCUGUGAGUAGAGACAAGCAGGAAUCUGGAGCAUCUUCCAACAACUCAAAUCCAAAAUCACACCAGGCAGGUGGCUCCAAAGGAGCUGCACAUAAUGCUGCCUCUGAGCAAACUAAGCCUUCGUCUAAGUCCAGAAAGAAGUCUAGGAAUUGACUUUGAUCCAUGUUGUUAAAUUAUCAAAUUUUGUUUGAGACCAUUUGUUUACACUGCUGCUUUCAAUGACUAAGCUGAGGGAGUCAGGGUCCCAUGUGCGAUGUUUGGGUUCAAUUUCAAAUCAAGCCCUCAAUUUUUUUCCUUUCUGUUUCAGGAGAUGAAGAUGGUAACUCCCAGACUCGGAAAUUAUGUGCAAAAUUGUCUUGCCCUAUUUAAUUUA